AGUCGCUGUCGGCAUUUUUAGUGAACGCCCAACGAGUGCAAGAUUUAUUUUCGUAUUUUAUUUCGGUUUAUUGUGCAAACAUUUCGAUACUUUUGAAGUAUUGAGAACUGUGAAUAGUGUUUCUGAUUUAUUAUUUAUAUUCAUCAGCGCUUGAUCCAAGAAAAGCCUUCCAAAAAUGAGUGUCGCUCGCUAUGAAGAUAUUGUUGCAGGCCCUUUGGCCAAAUUUUUGAGCCUUUCAAAAAGUAUUGGCGGAGAUGUUGCGCAGCAAACUGUUUUUGUGGAGAAUGCCUUCAAGGCACAAUUAGCGUUUAUCACAACUGCAAGCACUGCAUCACAACCUGCUCCUGAUGUCUUACAACAACUAUUGCAACCGACCAGCCAACAGGUAAUGACUAACUUACUUUAUCUAUUAUAA